AUGGAUACCAUGUAUAUGACAACCCCUUUGCCCUCAAUGUCACAACCAGUAAAAGCGGACGAUUCACAGCCAUCAGUGUCGGGCACCGGUAGCUGCAAAUACUGCGCCAAAAGCCACGGCGCUGGUAGUAUCGAGAGCUGCAGCGGUGGCGGCGGUGGCCAUGGAUUUCACGAGCAGUCGAUCGACAACUCGGUGAAAGUGCUCGAGAAGAUCGCCGGUCUGUACGCCGAGCGCCUCCUAUCGGACAUCGUGUUGGAGGUGAACGGGAAGCCGUACGCCUCCCACCGGCUGAUCCUAUGCGCCUCCAGCGACGUGUUUCAGGUGAUGCUAAUGAACCCGAAUUGGACGGAAAGCCAGGAGAAGACGAUUAUCCUGCAGGAGGCGCCCGAAUGUGCGAAAGUGUUCCCGGAGUUCCUGAAGUACUUGUACACCGGCAUCAUUAACAUCAACCACCAGCUGGUGCUCCCAUUGGUCGCGAUGGCCGACAAGUACAACGUCCGCGAUUUGGUCACUCUGUGCGUGCAAUACAUGCGCCGCCAUAUGGUGUCGGCCACCCGUCACAACCUACUGGUCCGGUGGCUCCAGUAUAUGCUUCAGUGCGGACACGACGGGGUCACCGGCGCCUGCAUUGAGUACGUGUCGGCCAACUUUGAGGCCGUCGCCGACACCGACGACUUCGCGGCCCUCGAGACCGACAUUUUGAUUCACUUCUUGCGGAAGUCGGAGCUCGUGGUGAGAGACGAAUACCGAUUGCUGCAGAUUGUGACCAAAUGGUUGGUCGCACAGGAGGUGAAGCUACGGCUCGUGGGCGACGAGUUCUUCGACUCAAUGGUUCCGCUGGUGAUGUCGUUCGUGCGCUUCCCGAUGAUGGAGCCCAACCAGUUGGCGCACCUACUCAUCAACCCUCUCAUGAUUCGCUACAAGGAGUUCUUCGUGCAGCACAUGUCGCUCGCAAUGCACUACCACACCGACGGCCUCACCGACGACCUGCGCGCCAAACUGCCGGCCCUCUCGUUCACACCCCGGCUCUACACCACCGAGAAGUGGAGCUCUAGUCUA